CGAGAAGACUCAAAGAGACGAUCUUCGAUCGGCCCAGGUGAACUUGCCUGAGGCUGAACUUUUUGAAGACUCAACAGAGAAGUGUGGCUGGCCCUUCCACUGCCAGGCAGAAAGUGUGAGCUCCAUAAACUCUUCUCUGGAUUGAAGACGUACCGUAUUUGUAACGAAGGGGCAUGAGUACAGGAACCUCCCUUGCUGAUCAGCUGAAAGCACACCACUGGUUGUAGCUCCUACAUGACGCCCCCGCUGUUGGCUAGCUAGCUCGCGCUGCGAACAAGUCAGAGAAAAGGUCCUCGUUGAGUGGGCGCCACGCUUGCAUUCUAGCUGACGUGGAAAACCUCUGUGCGUUAGCCAUUGCGCAUCAUCAGCUGCCAAUACAUUGCAUUUUCAUAUUGAGCACACGUGUCCUCUUGAACGUCAACAACACUUCUUUGUUGAAGUUAUCACACCCCUGGUGUAAUGGCUGUCGACGACAUUGAGGACUUGCUUGGCCAGGAGAAAAGUGCGCCCAUCGGUUUCCACCUGCCGGCCCCGCCAAGCCAGGUGGGAAUGGGCACCAGGGGCAGGAGCAAGGGUGUGAAUAAGCACGCGGAGAAGGACUCCCCCACAAGCGUGAUUCCAGGGACCCAGUCCAUCUUCUUGAAGACGUUUGGCUGUGCCCACAAUACUAGUGACAGUGAGUACAUGGCAGGCCAGCUUGCCUCGUACGGGUACGAGCUGGUAGGGGAACCGGAAGCUGCAGAUCUGUGGCUCAUCAACACGUGCACCGUCAAGUCUCCCAGCCAAUCCGCAAUGGACUCGCUCCUCCGGCGCGGGCGCGCCCAGGGCAAGCCUCUACUUGUCGCCGGGUGCGUUCCGCAAGGUGACCAGCACCUCAAGGAGCUCGAUGACGUCAGCAUCGUCGGCGUUCAGCAGAUCGAUCGCGUGGUGGAGAUUGUGGAGGAGACGCUGAAAGGGAACAGGGUGCGGCUGCUGGCGAGGGGAGCUCUGCCCGCGUUGGAUUUGCCGAAGGUCCGCCGCAACAAGUUCAUCGAGAUCAUCCCGAUCAACGUGGGCUGCCUCGGGGCGUGCACCUACUGCAAAACGAAACAUGCUCGUGGGCACCUGGGGAGCUACCCCGUGCACUCCCUGGCAGAGCGGCUGCGGUCGGUGAUUGCAACCGGGGCGAAGGAGGUCUGGCUCAGCAGCGAGGACACGGGCGCGUACGGCCGCGACAUCGGCACCGACCUUCCGACUCUUCUCCGGGCACUAGUCGCGGAGCUUCCUGCCGAUGGAUCCGUCAUGCUACGCGUUGGGAUGACCAACCCGCCGUUCAUCUUGGAGCAUUUGGACGCGAUUGCGGACGUCCUGCGACACCCGUCCGUGUACGCCUUCCUGCACGUGCCCGUACAGUCGGGGAGCAACGCGGUGCUCAAGGGCAUGAACCGGGAGUACACCGUCGAAGAUUUUCGGACGGUGUGCGACACCUUGCUGCGGCUGGUCCCGGACAUGCAGAUCGCCACUGACGUCAUCUGCGGGUUCCCAGGCGAGACCGACGACGGCUUCGCCGAGACUAUGGCGCUGAUCGAAGAGUACCGCUUCCCGCACGUCCAUAUCUCCCAGUUCUACCCGCGGCCAGGCACGCCCGCGGCCCGCAUGAAGCGCGUCCCCACGCAAGCCGUCAAGCAGCGCAGCCGGCAGCUGACGUCACUAUUCGACUCGUUCGCGCCGUACAAGGACAUGGAGGGCCGCGUGGAGCGCGUGUGGGUCACGGACACCGCCACCGACGGACACAAGCUGGUGGCCCACACCAAGAACUACAUCCAAGUCUUGCUCGAAGCUCAAGAAGGUCUCCUGGGCUCCAAUGUGUACGUCCGCAUCACCUCCGUCUCCCGGUGGUCCGUUACCGGGGAAGUCCUUGAAUUGCAGCCGGCUCAGACCCGACCGGUCGGUACCUCGUCAGUAGCAGAGCGACCGGUUGAGGCCUCAUUGGUGGCAAAGCGACCGGUAGAAACUCCACCGACUGAAAAGCGACCGGGAAAAGCUGCAACGGUGGCAACGCAAGAUGGGGCGAAGCGACCGGUGGAGACACAACCGACUGGAAAGCGAACAGGAGAGAGCCAACCGGUGGAUGAGCGAUCGGUAGAGGAGACAUCGGGACCUUUGACAAGUGUCAAGACGGAAGAAGACCGAGAAACGGGGUCGUAUGAAGGUAUUAGGGGGCAGAACUCCGCAGUGGCGCGGGGCUUGGGGGUUUCGGAUGGGGGGUGCGCAUGCGGAAACGCCGAGACGUGCUGCUCGGCGGGCGAAGGGAACGGGCUGCUGGAAAGCGAUGGCUGCUGUGGUGAGUCUCGAUUCAUUAGUGAGCGACAAGCAGAGGAAAAAAGCGCGGUAAGCGGGGGUGACGAAGAGCGGAAGGCCGAGGGGGGGGUGGAAGCGAGUCCGGUGAGUCACAUAGGAGUAGAGGCGGAAACGGAGGCGGAAGGCGUAGAAACCUCAGAAGCGUGGCUGCCAAAGAAGUCUGACGUGGUGCUGGGUAGUCCGUUUCUGGGGAGCGCUGUCGACCUUCUACUCGUAGGGGGGAUCGCGAUCGGGAUCGCUGGGCUCGUAGCGACAGGCUAUCUGUGGACUUACAGCUAAGCCGUCUUUAGCACCGUCCGCCUGAUUGACACGCUGCGGGAAUGAUUCCACCGCCCCCUCGGAUGCAUUGCCAGAAGUGCUUAAGUCUAUUCAUGUCCUGACGGUUCUUGUAUAGAAGAAUGAGCGCGUUCCAAUACUGCUGCCUUCUGCGUGCAUCAAUCUCAGUUGAAUAUCCGGAAUUUACGGUCGGACACUCACACUGGAAAUAAACUCAAUUUAUC